GCAUGUCACUCCCCACUCGCUCGGCGGUCCGGACACGGUGAGGAGCCAACCCUCCCCUCUCUCUGUGUCGCUCUGCCCCUGUCGCCAAAGCCCACCCUCCGCCUUCCACUCGAUUCUCGCCGCGGCCAUGUAUCGCUGCUUCGGGGAGCUGUUGAGCCGCUCGGCGGGCAGCGCGCGAGUCUCGGGCUGCGUAGACUCCGCUCUCCCGGCGUCCGCCUCCCUGCUGCGGGUGCGCCGCUACGCCGACGCGGCGGCGGGUGAGCAGCAGCCGGACGACCCCAACUUCUUCCGCAUGGUGGAGGGCUUCUUCGACCGCGGCGCCGCCAUCGUGGAGGACAAGUUGGUGGAGGACCUGCGGACCCGAGAGACGCCCGAGCAGAAGCGGCACCGCGUGCGGGGCAUCCUGCGCAUCAUCAAGCCGUGCAACCACGUCCUCAGCGUGUCGUUCCCCAUCAAGCGGGACAACGGCGAGUGGGAGGUGGUGGAGGGCUACCGCGCCCAGCACAGCCAGCACCGGACGCCCUGCAAGGGAGGUAUCCGUUACAGCACUGAGGUUUCGGUGGACGAGGUGAAAGCUCUGGCCUCCCUGAUGACUUACAAAUGCGCAGUUGUGGAUGUGCCGUUCGGAGGAGCCAAAGCUGGAGUCAAGAUCAACCCCAGGAAUUACUCUGACAACGAGCUGGAGAAGAUCACCAGGAGAUUCACCAUCGAGCUGGCCAAGAAGGGCUUCAUUGGACCCGGCAUCGACGUCCCGGCUCCAGACAUGAGCACGGGCGAGCGGGAAAUGUCCUGGAUCGCCGACACGUACGCCAACACCAUCGCGCACACGGACAUCAACGCCCACGCGUGCGUGACGGGAAAGCCCAUCAGCCAGGGCGGCAUCCACGGCCGCAUCUCGGCCACCGGUCGCGGCGUCUUCCACGGCAUCGAGAACUUCAUCAACGAGGCGUCAUACAUGAGCAUGUUGGGCCUGACGCCCGGCUUCAAGGACAAGAACUUCAUCAUCCAGGGCUUCGGUAACGUGGGUCUGCACUCCAUGAGGUACCUGCACAGGUACGGCGCCAAAUGCGUGGGCAUCGGCGAGAUCGAUGGCGCCAUCUACAACGCGGAAGGCAUUGACCCCAAGCAGCUGGAGGACUACAAGCUGCAACACGGCACCAUCGUGGGCUUCCCGGGCGCCAAACCCUACGACGGGAACAUUCUGGAAGCCGACUGCCACAUCCUGAUCCCGGCCGCCGGCGAGAAGCAGCUCACGCGUCACAAUGCCCCCAGGAUCAAGGCCAAGAUCAUCGCCGAGGGCGCCAACGGUCCCACCACCCCCGAUGCUGACAAGGUCUUCCUGGCCAACAAUGUUAUGGUGAUCCCUGACAUGUACCUGAACGCCGGCGGUGUGACGGUGUCCUAUUUCGAGUGGCUGAAGAAUCUCAACCACGUCAGCUACGGACGCUUGACCUUCAAAUACGAGCGCGACUCCAACUACCACCUGCUCAUGUCUGUCCAGGAGAGUCUGGAAAGGAAAUUUGGCAAGCAGGGAGGACCCAUCCCCAUCGUGCCCACCGCCGACUUCCAGGCCCGAGUUGCUGGCGCUUCCGAGAAGGACAUCGUUCACUCCGGCCUGGCUUACACCAUGGAGAGAUCCGCCCGGCAAAUCAUGCGCACAGCGAACAAGUACGACCUGGGCCUGGACCUGCGGACGGCCGCCUACGUCAACGCCAUCGAGAAGGUGUUCAAGGUGUACAACGAGGCCGGCCUCACCUUCACAUAAAUGCCCUGCGGGCACGCUCGUUCACCCCUCCGUCGUUCCCCCCCCCCUUCACCCGCCAAACUUUAUACAGCCUUGAAAACAUAUCAGCGUCUUUGCAUACGUCGUCGUCGUUUACCCGCCUGUACGUGUAAGACAAAAACAGAGUGAGACGUCGCGCGGCUGAACGAAUCAUCUCGCCGUUCGGUCCACUUGGUCACUGUAGUUUAACGGCCGCUUCGCGUGCGCCCCCCGCUGGCUGUGAUGAGCACUGCAGAUGCCUUAAUGCUGAAAAAGGGAUUUAAUCAAGUCAGAAUGAGAUAAAUGUUAUAUAGAGUCAUUGGAGAAGUUUCCCCAACGAGUGUUAUUUUUUUUGAAGGAUUCAACAGAAGUUUUUUUUUUUUUUGUCAAGUUCUGUAAAGCAGCUUUUUCCUCAGGACAAGACAAACGGGAGUCGACACAGACCGCAUUUUUAUUUUUUUUGUCCCCCGCCCACCAUUCCUGCGAUCCGUCCACUUCCUCAUUUUCAAGUUACUUUAGAGGAAAUUUUUUUUUAUUUUAUGUUUAAUUUUUUUUCCUUUUUCGGGGGAAAACAAUAAAUUGUUAAAACGGCA